AUGACUCCCUUCGAAAAUAAAGGACUAAUACUGGGCAUAAUGGCAGGGACGGCUGGAUUGAGCCUGGUGCUGAUUAUGUACCGCAGGAUCCGAAAACCCGGCGCGGCUGUGUGUGUCCGAGCGUUCCAGGGUGUAGGUAACAGGCUUAACUCUGUGGGCUUGCAGAAUGAGGCUCCUAACGAGCAAGGAGCAGUAAUGGUUUUACACGGAAGACAACUGCAGAUACUGGAAAAACUGAAUGGCCUGCUGCUAAGUGUGGAUGAACUGAAGAGAGAGGUGGAAUUCCUGAAAGAAGCUCUUCCAAAGCUUGAGGAACUUGUCCGAAAUGAGCUUCAAGGGAAGGGUGAUGUUCAGAGAGUUAGCCCAUCACACAGAGCAAUGCGGCGGAGAAAAGCUGAGACAGCUUCUGGUGCGAGAGAAACUACCAGCUCUGAGGAGGCGGAAAGUGAAGGAGGUUACCUCACAGCUCAUACCGAUUCUGAAGGAGACUCCGAAGAAGAAAAGAGAUGUAUGAAAUCAGCUGAUGCCAUGGUGAAAUCAGAAGAUGAUGAGGAGUUAUGUAACUUUUUACAGCAGGUGGACAAUUUGCACAAGGGUUCAGAGGAUGACAAGAAGGAGGGCUUCAGACUGCUGCUUGAGAAAGAUAACAAGUAUGAAAACUGUGUGGACUUUCUUUGGAGACUUGCACGUGCUUAUGGAGAUCUGUUUGAGAUGACUACUGAUGCUGAGGAGAAGAGGAAAUACGUUAUUGAUGGAAAGAUCAAAGCUGAAAAGGCUGUUCAGAUGGAUGCUAGGAGUGCUGAGAGUCACCAGUGGUAA